GAGGUGGGACUUUUUUAGUGAUAGGUGCAGAAGAUUUACUACAUUCAGCAGGCAAUUCUAAAGACACUUCUGGUUUUUUAUUUUUAAGAAUUGGUUCAUCAAAUUCUGAACCAGAUGAUUCAUAUACUUCUUCAUCAAAUUCCGAACCAGAUGAUUCAUAG